AUGUCUGAGUUCGAAUACAAGAAUUUACUGGUCCGAAUAAGCCAAAGACUAGACAACAUAAAUGCUGGCAAGCAAUUAGUUGUGAUAUGCAGAGGAAAGUUGGCGGCUCGCCCUGGCGAAGAAAACAUCCCUACCUUUUCAUUGUUUGUAGAAUUAGAGGGGAAAGGAUUUCUGAGUCCCGAUCGACUUUUCCUAUUAAAGCAAAUGUUAAAAGACGUCAAGGAAUGGGAUUGUCUACAAGAGGUUGAAAUUUUCGCGUGCAAAAGAGCAAGAGAGAAAUACAACAACUUGCUUGAGCAGAUCAUACGAGUACUCGACGAGCUUAAUGAUCUGGAACGACUCAUCUCGAUUUGCAGAGGAAAUAUAACAGAAGGAGGGCGAGCUAGCAUUCACGAUGUUAGGUCAUUGUUUAGGGAGCUAAAUCGCAACGGCUCUCUUGGAAUCGACUGUUAUAAAAUCUUAAAGCAGAUUUUAAUCCAGACGGAGAAAUGUGAUCUCCUUGAAAAAGUAAAUGAGUUGGAGCAACAACGUCUUAAUGACCUCGCAGGUAUUUGUAGUGUUGAUUUAGAUAUCCGUUUUUACAGAUGUUUUCGUAGCCUUUUUCUUUGUUUGAAAUAUAUGAUAACUUUAUUUUUUAAAACUAACUUGAAUUUGUCAUUGUUUUAUGCUUUAGACAGAAUGGUGCUUGCUGGCGAGAGAAUAGAUGAACAUUAUACAGGUAAAAUUUGCAUAUUAUGUUAUCAGGCACUAUGUAUCGGUCCCAGGAGGGGAGACCAAAAACUACAAGGGCCUGUUUACAUGAAGAUGGGGGGCCCCAGGUAGGUGAGGUAACAUGUGGGGGGUUACCCCACCUAACAUGUAAACAUGAUUACAUUAAAAUGAGAGAUUAUAUGGACAGACAGGUUACCCCACCUAAGGGGGUUACCUCACCUACCUGGGGUCCCCCACCUCAAUGUAAACAGGCCCUAAGAAAAAGACGCUAACAUACCUGAUAUACAUGGGUGGGUUGGGGAGGAAAGGGAGCUGUACUAGUUGCUAUGCUCAAGGUACCUACUUUAAUAUGUGGACAUAAUACAAUGAAUUAACUGAUUACUCAACUUGAGUAGUUUUACAUGAUGGCCCCAAAUCCCUGGUUUAUGAUUUAGACAACAUAAUCAGAACAGAACCUAUAAACCACGCAACCAAGUCAAAAAAAAAAAAACAGCACAACUGGGUUGGGACUGAGACAGGCUUUAUUGACAGCCUACUGUAAAAUUAGGUUAAUACGAGAACAUAGGUUAUUAUAAUGACCAAAUUACACUGACUCCAAAUCGAAAUGUAGAAUGAAGUAUCUAUCAAAUUGAUUUGAAAUAAUAGCUUAAGCAAAUAGAUUAUAAUAAAUAAUUUAAGUCGGAUAGUGGGAACCAUAAGAUGAAGGACUGUAAAGAGUACUGCCCCGUGUUACCCUUGUUAAAUAAAGUUGAUUAUCAUCAUCAUUAUUAUUAUUAUCAUUAUUAUUAUUAUUAUUAUUAUUAUUAUUAUUAUCAAAGGAGCAUACACUAUCAAAUCCGAAAGUCAGUCACCGAGAAUCUCAAUAAUGUCUAACCAUACCUGCUUGAAGGUUAAAUGAGAUGCCUCCAACACAGAAAGAGUGGAAUGCAUACCCUUGGGCUUGCAGAUCCAGGAAGUAUGCCGGGAAUAAGUUUAAACAAAAAGGUCUGCAAGGGAGGAGAUCAGUGAAAGUGAUUAUGACUUCACAGUUUCAAAGAUUGGUUGUACCAACAACCAGAUUCUUUAAAAAACUGGUAAUAAUGUUGGCUGUGUCAAGUUCAUGUCUCAGUUCAGAUGAUCAUGUCAUUAAGUGGUGAGGGUAAGCCAUUUGCCUUGUCUCCUUCAUCCUUUCCACCACAUUGAACUCGGGGAAGGAGACUUUUUGUAAAAAAAAAACACACACCCACACACACACUUCUAUUCCGCGAAAAGAGUGGGAAGGUUUCCCCGAUGGUAUGGUCUCCCUCUACGUCUGUUAUCACUUCUACGGUCACACAUUACACACACUUACCUCACAAUCACACCCUUAGUGGCAGACAGUGGUGCCCUUGCAUGCUGACGUGCGAGCUUACUGCUAACAUGAAAUAUACAGAGGACACACUUUUGUCCCCUUGCAUAUUAUGUGACGUUACAUUGCAUUACGUAUUUAUUUCUGACUGUUGUCUGAUGAUGAUUCUGAUGUAGAUCCAGUGUAUGAACUGAGAAAAUGGCAACUGCAAAGGAUGGUGUCAUCCUUAGCCACCAUGAUCAUGGGUGGAGCAGGUAAGAUUUUGUCUAUCUCGGACUAACAAAAUUACAUUUGAACAUUACUUAUAUAUUUCUGUCUGUUAUCUUCUAACAGGAGCCUUAAUGUCGUCAUUUGUCAGGCAAAUGACAGGAGGUAAGAUUUUUUUUUAUUAUGCUAUUAGACUAGGAUGGAGGAACAGAAACUAAACCCUUUGAAUAUUAGUGGCCUUGAAUAUUAGUGGGACAUACAUUUCAGUACUAAAAAGUUAAUGAUCAAUCAGUCUGCCCUUUUUUGAAAAAUCUCUGAGUAGCAUAAUGGGGUGGGUAACAGCCCAGUAGUUCUACCCUUUUCUGGUCUAUUAAUAAAAGUACUGUUUCAGCUAGACAGACUGAGACAAAACCCUGCAGCUGUAGAAGGCACGGUGUAAGAACUGGACCCAAUUGUAAUUAAGGUCCCAACUGCAAUAACAUUUGGACCUAAGCAUUGUAAAAGUCCCAUUCGUAACAUUUUGAACCCAAGCAUAAUGAAGGUCCUAUCUGUAAUAGCAUUUGGAGCCAAGUGUAAUAAAGGCCAUAAUUGAAAAAGUUACCUUUAUACUCAAAUAGGUGGUAAUAUACCAGCAAAAAAUUAUGGUCAAUGAGAGGUAAAAAGUGUAAUAUCACGUGACCUGCAGAAAGCAACCCCUCCCAUGUAAUUUUAUCUUCAUGGCUUUCACGUCACUGUCAAACUGUAUUUUGCACUUACUGCACUCUUACGAGAGUGAUUUUUGUUGUUGUGAUGUUAAAAUUCUUGUUUCAUCUUUAUUCGUUCAAUCGUCGAUUUAAGGAAGUAUCAACAGCAUAUGCCUUAUUAGAUUUCACUAAUGUGUAAGGAACCAUUUUAAAUUAUAGUUACUCCUUUUCAGUACAAGUACUGACAGUCAUGAAAUCCUGUUAAUAAAAUUCAGCUGUGAGUGAAAUACUGAAAAUGGCAAAUGAGAAGACAGAGGGGAAUAAAUAAUAACAGAUUCCACGGGGUUGAAGAUUGUCUAGUCUGACAUUUUAUAUAGGACAACGCGAAUGACAUAUCUAUUUCUUCUGGAGUGAUGAAUUUUUUUUUAAAAGCACGUUUCAUAGCCGGUUAUAAAUUUGCAAAAGCUUAAACUGAUAGUCAUUGCUAUAUCCUGUCACUGUGGUAUUUUUUCCUGUUCAUUUUUUCUCGUUCUGUUUGGUCACGUGACCUGUAAUGUCAGCCUUGUUAGUUAAGAUAACCAUGUAUAGACUGUUGUGGACAUGUCUCAUAUUAUCUCAGCUGGGACCAAAUGUUUUUGCAGAUGGGACCUUAAUUACGCUUGGGUUCGAAAUGCUAAUACAGAUAGGUCCUUUAUUGCGCUUGGCUACCAGAGCGACCUACUCAUACCGAACUACAAUAACGUUGAUCAGCGCCUGAUCAUGCAAAAGCGCAAAGUUCUGUGUCAUGUCCCCACUGGCUAAUGCCAUUUUAAAUUAUCACCAAACGAAUCUUACAAAAUACCUCCCUAAAGUUCACUCCAAACCUUAUCCCUCCAAACCUUAUCACUCAGAGAAAUUAAGCUGGUAGUUGAGGGUUUGUUUUUCGUAUAAGAGCAGUGCAAGGAUUUUGCACAAACAAAAAUAUGACCUUGACUACUCAUUUAACCAUGCCAUGAAGCUUUUUUUAUAGUAAUCUCUUAACCCAAUAGUAUGAUCAGGCGACACAAAGCGUAACAUCGUUUAUAUUCUGGUGGGACACCCCACUAAUCAUCUUCAGAAAGAAUUCCCUUAAUGGUAGUAGUUUUAUGACAUAUCAAGUCAGCAUCUUUUCACGGGUGCGGCUGCUCAUUGGCAAGUUAACCAGGUUAAUUUUUAAUAACCCAAUUAAAAAUGUAACCUGGUUAAAAUCGCUUAGCGGGAUGAAUUGUUUUGAGCGGCCGGACUCAAGUGUGUGGAAAAAGAAAAGUUGAACUUGGACGUAAGGUGAAAACUGAAGUGCCCUCAAUCGGCGACAAAAUUGUUGAGACAUUGUACUUAAAUAGGAUAACUUCGGAGAACAAAAGAAUCCGCACCCCUCCCCUGUCCCCUCCAUUCAAAGUUGGGGUAUUUGUUGUUUUCUAUAGGUAGCUAGAACAAGGGCACAACAUUGCACGGAGGGCGUGGGGGAGGAAAGCUAUAUUUUCUCGUUUUGAAGUUAAGAAAACGUAAAAAAGCCCAGUUUUGGGCGAAGUGUCUCAACUCAUUUUGUCGCCGAUUGCAGUUGCAUGCAUGUUAAAGCCUAAAUUUAGAAAAUUCCUCCAUAGCAUUGAACCACGCUAGCUCUUAGUAGAUCCUUUUAGAAUCAAAGAUGUUCGAUCAUUGUUAAGUAAAUGAGUUCGAGCGACCGCUUAUUCUUGAAACUCUAGCAGGUAUCCGGAGUGGUGAUUAGAUAUCAGUUUUUAUAAAAUAACUAAGAUAGUACGCGCGCUCUGAUUGGCCGAGAGUAGUGUUUGCAUGAGACUAUGUAAACAUGGUUGUGGCGUCAAGUUGUUUGGCUUUUCACGCGCUAAUCAGGCAAGCACAAAUUUGAAAAAGUUUUAGAGUUCAAAACUCGACAAGUUUACUUUAUUUACCCAUUCCUUCUUCGGCUGAAACAUGGAAAAUCGUUACAAAGAAGGUGAGUCCAUUUUUCUUCGCUUAAGCUGACAUUUUAAGCGAGAAAAAUCCGUAUUUUGCAAAGCAUCUUUUUGCAAAACAAGAACUGAUUACGCGUGCAAGACUUCGUGGACAAGAUUUGCGACUGGUAACAAUUUCUCUUUUAAUCAGUGCCAUAACAAAGAGUUUUGCGUUUUUUUCUCGGGAAAGUUAUUUUAUAAAAGCAAUAGAAAACUUUUUUCAUGUGUUUGCAUAGCCUGAUAUAAACACUCGAGGCGUUGGGAGAAUUCUCGACGGUUAUGCAAACCCUCGACUUCGUCUUGGGUUUGUAUAACUGUCUCGAAUUCUCCCAACCCCUCUCGUGUUUAUAUCAGGCUAUGCAAGCACGGAAAACGUUUUCUAUUGCUUAAUUGCAGACGUUUUCGUAUCCUUUUUACUUGUUUGAAAUAUAUAAUAACGUUUCUUUUUCAAAACUUAAAAGAAAAUGUCAUUGUUUUAUGUUGGACAAUUUAGGGUUUGCUGGCAAUAUGAUAAAUCUUGAUGAUCAGUAUAAACAGCUGGCUGAAGGUAAGAUUUGCUCCAUGUUACGUUAUCAGCCACUAUAUCGGUCCCUGGCGAGGGAAUACCGGAAACUAUAACAAAAAGACACUAACCGGGUUAACUUUUAAUAACCCAACUCAAAAUUCUUCCAAAUGUAACCUGGUUAAAAUAGCUUUAUGAGGUUAAUUUUUAUGAGCGGCCGGACGCAAGUGUGUGAAGAAAGAACAGUUGAACUUGGACGCAAAGUGGAAGGAGUAAUUUUCCAAACUGAAGUGUUUGCAUGCUUGGUAAAACCUAAAUUUAGAAAAUUCCGCCAUAGCAUUUAACCGCCUAGUUCUUAGUAGUUCUAUUUAGAGUCAAUCCAAGAGGGAAAAAAGUGGGAUGUUCUCCCAAACUUGAUCCUUGGGAUCCUCAUCGAAUUGCAACUUGACUUUAGUUUACUAGAGGGCGAAAUGUUUUGAAAACCCUCUAAAUCUGUAAAAAAGAAUCAUUGUUCAUUCUAUGCUAUUCUGUAAUUCGGAAAUUUGCUGGCCGAUUCUCUCCUUCGACUCAUACCGCCUUUUCACCCUCCUCCAAUAGAAUAGCGUGUCAGUUUUGAUUUUUGUCAAUGCCGUGCUAAUUUCUAUCAACUGUGUUCCUGGGGGUAUACCUAUCCCCUCUGUGAAAAUUUCGUCACACUGACCGAACAAAAAAAGUAAGUGGGCAAAUAGAUAUACAAAUCUGAACUAUCAUUUCACUUUAUGUUUCUAGCGUACACAGUCGUUCCUGAAGAGAUUAAUUUACGUGGUCCCUUGGCUGUGGAAGCCUAUAACAAGGCUCUUAAUGAAGGAAAAGCUCGUGUCAAGAGGUUGCCGAUCAUGGUGAUCGGACAAGAUCGCUCCGGAAAAACCAGCCUUAAGAAUUCGAUGAUGGGAAAGCCCUUCAACCCUGACGAGGACAGCACAGUGGGGAUAGAUGUUGGACCAUCACAUUUCAGUGUUACAACAGAUAUUUGCAUGCCAAGUGAGAAUACAAUGGACAAUCAGGCACAGAAUAAUUUCAGAGAAGCCCUCUCUUUUGAGCACCACAUAGCUCGUUUAGUCGUUGAAGUUUUAACUCAUUACAGAAAAAAUAAUUCAAAGGAUGACUUGCCAUCAAAUGAGGCAAAAGUUGCAUUAACAAAUGUGGCACCAAAAAAUGCAAGAGAAUCUGUUCAAGAAUCUGGUGCAGAUUUUGCAGCUGGCCAAGAAGAAAAAAACUGCUUAGUCAAGAUACCAGAUGAGGUAGCAGAGAAGAUAAAAAACUUACUUGAGGAAGUUGAGAAAGAGAGAGUUGGAGAUGAUGCGGAAAUGUAUUCAAUUGUUUGGGAUUUUGCUGGACAACCCGUCUACUAUGCCACGCAUCCACUUUUCCUCACACAAAGAGCAGUGUACCUGUUAGUUUUUGACCUCAGCCGAGGUCUUCAUGCAAGAGCCGAUCCCACCGUAAAGCAAGGAAUGUACAGCAUGAUUUUAGACAACCACGAUUGUAAAAGUAACCUAGACUAUCUGGAUUUCUGGAUGACAUGGGUUGCCUCAAUAACCAAUCAAGAUGAAAACCAGCAGAUACGUUUGGAUCAAUCACCAAUGAAUAUUCCCCCUGUGUUCCUUGUUUGCACUCAUGCUGAUGAACCUUGUGGUGGGGCAGAUCCAUUUGUGUUGGCUCGUGAAGUAUUUGGUUCCUUGGAGACCAAGCCUUACAAAAACCAAUUGUAUAAAGACGUUUUUGUCGUGGAUAACACAAAGUCAGGGAGUAAAUCAGAGUGUUCAGAAGUCAAGCGCUUGUGGGAAAAAGUCCUUGCUGUUGCUAAGGAGCUGCCACAGAUGAAAGAAGACUACCCGAUAAAGUGGCUGAGAUUCGAAAAGGCUCUUCAAACCAAAGUAAAAGAUGGGAAAAAGUGGAUUUCUCUGGAAUAUACAAAACAGAUUGCGUCCAAAAUGUGUCACAUUGAGGAUGAUCGGGAAUUUACAACACUGCUGAACUUUCUACAUGACCAGAGAAUCUUGAUUCAUUUCGACAGUUCUCCACUUUUGAAUAAUAUGGUCAUCUUGGAUCCUCAGUGGCUGGUCGACUUGUUUACGUCGGUGAUAACCGUAAAGCCCGGUCCCUAUGAAGGAAAAGAGAUAGAAUUGUGGAGUAAGCUGCAGACAGAGGGCAUCAUAGAGUAUAAACUUUUGGAAUUUGUGUGGGAUCCUUUAUCAAUUCCAAAGGAAAUGUUUCCGAACCUUCUAGAAAUCAUGGAGAAAUUCAGCUUGCUUUGUCCUUGGCCAUCAUCAGAUGCUUCAUGUGGCAAGCAGUAUCUCGUGCCCUCCAUGCUAAUGUCUCAUCCACCAAGGGAUAUUAUCAAGUUGGUAGCCUCUGCACAAAUUCCACCCUUUUAUAUUAGGUUCGAAUCUGGGCAGGUUCCUCCAGGCUUUUUUCCCCGACUUGUGUUGCAGUUUUUUCAGUGGGGCCAAGACGAAUUUUGGAGGGCAGAAAAUCCUCAGUUGUACGCUAAUUUUGCGCGGUUUUACACCUCUGCAGAUGACGACUGCUCUGUAAUUCUUCGAUGCCAUUCAUCGUGUAUUGAAGUUGUGGUUCACAGAGGAAAUGCCAGUACAAACCUGACAGCAUGUUUACAAUCCAAGCUGAACCUGUCUGCAGUUCCCAACUAUGAUGGAUUUGAAGAGGCCUGUGCUCGUGCUGUACGAAGACAACUGGUGUUGAUGCUUGAGUGCAUGCGAGAAGAAUUCUUUUGGUUUAAGAACAUGAAAUAUAAAGUAGGUGUGAUCUGCCCCGUUUGUUGCCAAGAAAGCAAAGCUAAUUACUGCUGCAAACAUCACAAGCAGUGGUGGUGUGAGCAGGAGGAAUGUCUGCACUUCAUAUCUGAGUAUGAUUUGCGCAAGGCCAAAGACUUCAUCAGGUGUCGCAGGUGUCCUACUGCAGAAAUUAACAAAGUUCACGUCGAACGGUUUGCACCUUGGUUUCAAACUUCAGAUGAACAGGUGAAUAGACUCCAACUUUUGUUGUAAAUUACUUUAAAACAUUUACUACCAAUCCCGACUAUUUUUAUCUAUUCCUUUAGUGCCAUUCUUUGGCUAUCCCAGACACUCCAAUCAAACCCUCUCGUUUUCUUAAACCUCAGUAUUUUCUCACGAGAACGAUGGCAACAAACCUAUUAGAAAGAGUGAAACCGGUAUUAAGUGGUCCCCAUAUUAAGCGAACACGAUCGUGAUUGAUUCCUACUCAUUUUCUCUUUUUAUAACCUGUAAAACCAACCUGGUUUUAGGGGACAUCUCGAUCUACCAUACUAGCGAUGGUCCCGUGGGUGUACGCUUAAUACAGAUUUACCGGUAUUUAGCGUUUUCUCAAUGGUCUGUUGGUUAAGACCGCAGGAAAUCACUGGCUCGUGUUUCUUUACAAGUGAUGUUUAGAGAAAGUCGUCAAAACAUCACAUGUAAAGCAGAAAUAGCCCCUUUGAAGCUAGGUAACUUUCAGUACACUACCACCCCCUCCCCCCCCCCCCCCCCCGCCCGCCCAUAAGGCAACUUCGUUCCAUAAGAUAGCGUACAGAGCACUUAAAAUCAACCUUGUUUAAUCAUUUCUUCCUUCUUUGUUACAGGCUAUAGCUGAAGAAAGUGAGCCAAGACCUUCAGCUUCUGGAGGAGGUAAGACUGCCACACUAAUAGCGUAGAUGGAUAAUGUAAACGAGUGAACUAAGUUAUUGUGUGUAAUUAAAACCAUUCCGACAAAAAUAUUCGUCUCUUGGAGACAUCUUAAUCCACUUCUAGCAUCCCCUGGUAGUUAUCUUUAUACUGCAAACUUGGCAGCCUUCGAAAUGACUAGAGUUCCCCAAACAAACCACUCUGUCCUUGCCGAGGAUAGCGCUACAAAGCGCCUGUGCUUUUUCUUCCAAGUCUGAUUGCUGAAAGUCGAACAUGAAGUUGUAAAAAAUCAUUGCCUUUCGCAGGAAUUGAUGAAAAAUUGCUUGUACUUCCAAGCAAGGCUAUAGAAACACUCAUGUCGCAGUCGUGUGACUCCAGGGAGGUAGUACUUCAACUGAAAGACUGUUUGAAACUGGAUGAAGUCUCCUUAGAGAAUCCAGACCCUGAGACCAAACGAUUGAUUCGUUGCCUUGCAAAUAAAGCAAAACAGUCCAACAGACCUGACGUGGUCAGAGAAUUGAGAGAGGUUACACCAGCUGGAACUACAGGUAUAAAGUUUAUUGCGGGGGUUUAUGUAAGUUAAUGUAAGUACGGACGCAGAGAAUAUUUUGGAUUGGUAGGGAAAGCUCGCACAUAGUGCGAGUUCAGCGAGUGCGGAAGGCGCGAGCUUAUCUAGGGGAGUCCAGGUAUGCUUCUCCGGAAAUUAUUGAAAUGUAGAGUUUCUGAAAUCACCGGAAAUGCGUUUAUUUCUAUCAAUCCUGAGAAAAUUUGUAAAAUUUUUAUCACCAUUCUGUACGUUUUCUGCACAAAAACGUAUAUUUAGCAGUAAAAUGUGUUUAAGAUUAGAAGUACUUUUGCAAAUGCUAAAAAAUUAAAAGCGGCAAAAUUAUUGGUUUGGCUAUAGCCCACCAGCCCAAUAGCUCCCUGAUCCCUCUACGUGCUGAACAAAAUAUUGUUCAUGAGCAACGCACAGGUCAGGAUCAAAAGAGGCGAUGAUGAAGCUUGCGGGAUAAGGAAUAGCCUGAGUAUCAGGCGUUUCUGGGGAAAAGGGGAAAGAUGGAAGCGAAAAAGGGAGAGAAAAUCUCCUCUCCCCUAGCCCCUUAGGAAGGUCUGAUACUCAGGCUAGAUAAGGAAUAGAUCCCACACACGAAAAAUUUUCUAAAACAUUUCCGUACGAACGAUAGCAGAGUCCGAAAAUUUUACUCUCCGUGCAUUCUUGACCGAUGCGUUUGCACUAUCGGCGGUAUAUACUGUAGUUCAGAGCAGCUGCUCAAAUCAGUAAUAGCUUCACUGUGUUUUCGAUCCUUUCUUGGCGUUGUGUUCAAAUAAUCAAUCUUCUAAACAAGGCGGGCUAAAAUUUUCAAGAAAAAAAAAUCUCCCUAGACAAUGUACGAAAGGUGUUUUUCACUCAGUUUUUGUCUCUAGCUAAAAUGAAUUCCUCUAUCAAGUUCUUUCUUCCUUUUAGAUCCAUUUUGUUAAUUUCUUUCAGCCCUGCACCUAUUUGUUGCUCUUUUUGACCUCGCUCUCUUUCCUGUAGGUCCUUUGUUGCCCGAGUGUCUUGAUGUUAGAAAUGUACCAACUUCUCAGAUGCAGCGUCUUACAGUUCAUUUAAGCGGUGAGUGUCAUUUAUGUAGAGACAGGUUCAUCAGCAAUUCCCAUGUUUUAAUUAUAAGACAGCUCAGAUUGGUCACAGAGAAAUCUUUUUCGUUAUAACUCAUGCGAACUCUGUGAAUGAAUGUACUAUAGUACGCUAUCUUUUAAAUCCCACUUUAAAUUGCAUCUUGGACGUUUCUCGGAUCAUUAGCAGUAUAUUCUUACUAGUAGCCUAACAAGUCUCACGUAAUACCGAGGGUAUUUCUACGACAUUACACCUUUCACAACUAUAUCCACAACACUUUGACAAUGUUAAGACGUCAUUUUUUUAUCUUCAAUAAGGAGACAGAUAAAAAAAACUGCCGUCAAUAACUUUGGCGGGAAAAAAUGAACGCACAUAAGGGGCCGACCAUUUAACUCUUGAGGUGAGGGGUGGGUGAUUUCUGGUCAUCAAGAAUUUUUUUUUUCUAGCAAUCUGGUGGGCAGGAUAUUUUUUUCCCUUUUUUUCCCAUAAGCUUUCUAUUAUAUUUGUGCUGCAUGCAAUUUUUUCUUCCGACAAGCGCUUGCAGGAAAUUUUUUUUCAAAAUCACCCCCCCCUCAAGAGUUAAAUGGUCGGCCCCUAAUCGUAUUCUUUACAGUCAAGGCAGGUCAAGCGUACCCCCCCAAGAUUCUAUUAAUAAAAUAAAUAUUUGAAAAAUGAAUCCCUCAGUCGUUCCCGUCAACCUCGUCCCCAGGGCGCUCUUUUCCCGUAAUUAGCGUGAAAUUUAAAUCGGCAUUCCUCCAUGCGUAAUGAGCAGUGAAUAUUUUACGAGAACUGCCCUGUAUUUGGUCAGAUUGAACGUCUUUGAAUAGAUUAAAUUACAUAGAAGAAAUUUACAUAAAAUUCAGGGAAACUGAGCUGGUAGAAAUUUCGUAACUGAAUCGCGUGAGAAUUCACGGCUUAUUACGCAUGCAAGAAUGUACACAGAGAUGAAUCUGAAAUCUACAACUACCAACGGAUUCAACUUUCGAAUAAUUAACUCAUUAAUGGAAUGUUGAGGGGUACGCGUAGACUACGAGUACUCCCCCAUUUUCCUCAGGGAUAGUAGAGCGAGCGAAACGCGAUCGCGCGCGAAAAUCACCCCACGCGGGAAAAGGCUACACGCUGCGGGGAUUUUCCUCUCUCCCCGCCGCGUGUCGCCUUUUCUCGCAUGGGGUGAUUUUCACGCGCGCUCGCGUUUCGCUCGCUCUACUAUGUCUACUAUCCCUGAGGAAAAAUGGGGGACUACUCGUAGUCUAGGGUACGCGUGACCUGGCUUGACUGUAAAAGUGAAAUAUGAUAUUCGUUUUUGUAGGAGGAGAAGAGUGGAAGCCGCUUGCUGAGAAAUUGGGCUUGGCGCCACAUGAGAUUCGUUACCUGGAUACCCGGAUACAGAACCCGUGUGAGGCCGCUAUUGCGUUUAUUUCUCAACAGCGAUACCUCAAUGUGGGUGCACUGUACGAUUUGAUGAUAGAGUCUAGGAUGCCCGUCUUUGCAGACCUACUAUGAGGUGGAAGUAACACAGUUAAAGUACAAGUUACAAAUAUUUUUAACCUAUGGGAUACAUAGAGUUUGGCCUGCCUGGCAGGCGUCGAAACGAGA